UUUUUGAAAAGGAAAGGAUAUGUUUCGUAAUUUCACCUCCUCGCUUCUUACAUUUAGUUUACACUUGGUUGUCUCAUCCAUUCCUGUCUGCAGCUUCUCAGGCCCAAAUCUCUCGCUUUCUUCUUCUUUCAAACCCUGACUCGUACUUAAUUCGUUCAUUCAAAUUCUUACAUUUUUUUUCUUAAAAAUUUUGAUUUUUCAAUAUUUUCUCUUCGAGCUACGAAAAUCUAGUUCGAAAUUGUUUAAAUUUAUGAGCUAAAGUAAAAAGUUUGAUGCUUUCGGCUUGAGCUUGCGAUCUCCACCGUUGAUUCUAUGGCGGCGGCGACAAUGGCGACUGCUGCCGGAGCUGCGGUGCUGCUGUACUACUUGCUGAGCCGGAGACUGUCGGCGGGGAGGGUGGAGGGAGAAGAUGAACGGUCGAAAUUGAGCAGAUCGUCUAGGUGGAGAAUUUCUCGGAGGCCGGCUCAGGCUCCGGGGACGCUGUUCGAGUCGAUCAGCACGCUCUCUGAGACGUUGCGUUUCACGUAUUCGGAGACUUUGGGGAAAUGGCCGAUCGGGGACUUGGCGUUCGGGAUUAAUUAUUUCAUGAGGAGGCAGGGUAACUUACAAGUUGCAGGUGUAUAUGCUGGUAACGAUUGUAUACAACUUAAAGGCCCUGAAAUUGUUGUGGAGUUGAACAGAUUUCUGAGGUUGUUGAUACUUUGUAUGCUUUUCUCGAAGAAGAAGUUUCCGGUGUUUUUAGAGUCUGCCGGCUACUCUGAGGAAGAUGUCCUCCUUCACAAGCCCAAGGCAGAGCUUUUGAAGCCCGCUUUCUCAAUUAUACGAGAUAGAGGCUCAAAAUGUUUCCUUCUAUUGAUUCGUGGUACUCAUAGCAUUAAAGAUACCCUAACAGCGGCAACUGGUGCAGUGGUCCCUUUCCACCACUCGGUUUUACAUGAUGGUGGGAUAAGCAAUUUAGUUUUAGGAUAUGCCCAUUGUGGAAUGGUUGCUGCUGCUCGUUGGAUAGCAAAGCUUUGCACUCCUUCUCUGCUCAAAGCUCUUGAUGAAUAUCCUGACUACAAAGUUGAGAUUGUUGGGCAUUCGCUUGGUGGUGGUACUGCUGCACUUUUGACAUAUAUUCUUCGAGAACAGAAAGAACUCUCCUCAAGCACAUGUGUAACGUUUGCCCCAGCUGCCUGUAUGACAUGGGAAUUAGCAGAAUCAGGCAAGCAUUUUAUUACUACCGUCAUUAAUGGUUCUGACCUGGUGCCAACAUUCUCAGUAGCUUCUCUAGAUGACCUUCGCUCUGAGGUCACAGCAUCAUCUUGGUUAAAUGAUUUGCGAGAUCAGGUUGAGCAUACAAGGGUCCUAAAUGUUUUAUAUCGCUCUGCAACUGCUCUGGGAUCUCGUCUACCAUCUAUUGCUAGUACCAAAGCCAGGGUCGCUGGUGCAGGUGCACUUCUGAAACCAGUAUCCAGCAGCACUCAGGUUGUGAUGAAGCGUGCACAGAAUGUUGCUCAAGCUGUUGUCAAAACACGCUCAUCUCUGUCAUCGUGGUCUUGUAUGGGUGCACGUCGCCGUCACGUGGGUCCACUAAUGGAAUCUAAAGUAGAGGAUUCGCCUGAAGCAGCUCUCUCUGAAAGAAACUCCGAGUCUGCUGCAACAGAUGGAAUAACAGUAGAGCCUUUGCUGAAUAAAGUGGAACGUAAUUCUUCUAGUGGUGGAUCAGUUCAUGAUGAUACAGAUGAAGAAGAGCAUCUCCUUCCAGACGAUGGAGUCAUUAGUGGAUCCACUGUGGAAGACAUCACUGAAGGUGAGUUAUUGUUUGAACUGGAGAGAGAGCUCCAGAGGCAGGAUAAUGAAGCAGAUAUUAGAGCCCAGGAGGAAGCAGCUGCAGCUAUAGAAAUCACCGAAGAGGAAAGUAUACUGGCUGAUGCAGUGGAAAGCAUUAAUCCAAUCUCAUCAUCGGAUGUAUCAGAGAGCCACCGCUUCUAUCCCCCUGGCAGAAUCAUGCACAUCGUUUCUGUACCUUCAUCUGAUACUCCUAACAUAGAUAGUGGCACGCAAACUGAGGAACAUGUUGGUAUCUUUGAGACACCUAGAGAACUGUAUAGUAAGCUCCGACUCUCAAAAACAAUGGUAAAUGACCAUUAUAUGCCUAUGUAUAAGAAGAUGAUUGAAAUGUUAAUCAGGGAACUGGAAAAUGAAGAAGCUUGUGGUUCUGUAAUGUGAAAUGAAUAAACUAUUAGUUAGAAGAAUAUAUAUAUCUCAUACACCCAAUCUUAUCUAUA